GACACGGAGAUGAGCUUUGUGUUGCUGUGCGUGAUGCUGGUAGCCGGCGUGACGCCUUUGUCUGCUGCAGCACAGCCGGGUAUCAUAGAGAGCCUCCUCAUGGCCACCCAGCAGCGGCCCUGGCUCUGGGGUGUCUACGUCUUCACCGUCGGACUUCCUGCCAUUCUCUUCGUUAGCUUCAUGUGGCCGGACAAGAGAUUUGGUCCCCCUGAUCAAGAGUAUUACUACAAGAAGUCUGACGAUGCUCAAGCAGAUGAUCCUCAGCUCUCAAAGCGGACAGAGGAAGUGGAUACCAAAGGAAAGGCCGACAAAGCUGAAACGAGGAGGAGAGACACUCAUGGUAACCAGGAGAAGUGUGACUCAGACCUGAAGGAUCAUUGAUCAUCAGCGCUACGACCACAAGAGAUGAAACACACAAGAAGAAGCCGAGCCGUCACGUCUUUGAUGAGUGGAUGAAACCAGGAAGCGUACAUGUUAAUCACAGGGUUCAUCUCGAUGCGUUAGAUUUAUUCUUUGGAUUUGCUUUGAUAUCACAAAGUCCUCCUCGAUACCAUUUUGAUUCGAUUCAAUUGAGGGGCCUUAAUUUACUGUUCAUAUUUGUAUUUUUUUUACUGUUACUGUAACUUUAUAACUGAGCUCUGUCGGAAAAAGAUGAGCUCGGAUAGAGAAAGUCACGCACGAGAGCCUGGUUGGGAACACCACAAAACGAUCUGGCAGAGGAGAAGAGCAAGUGAGGGGACCUAAGUAGACAGGGACUAAUGAGGGAACGGGCAACAGGUGAGACGGGCAUGAGGACCAGGUGAAGGGAAUGAGGGACUAACGAGGUGGGAGUGAUCAGAGGCAGGUGAGAGAACAGGUGAAGGGAGUUGACGAGAUGGGAAGCAGGAUCUGGAAUGACAUGAUAGUGAAACAGGCAGACGGGAUUAAAACAACUAAUAAAAGGAAGGUGUGGAGCUGAACUGUGACAAUAUGUAAAUAUCAA